AGAGACCUCCUUGCCCAAUGCCCACGGCCCCUUCGUCUCUCCCUCAUCCAUCUCCACAGCCGCCGUCUCCGCAGCCGCCGUCUUGCCCGGCGCCGCCGUCCCCAUCCUCAGCAGCACAGCGCGGGCGGUUGCCGAAGCCCACUCCCUGCCCCUCUCCCUCCCCCGCCUCCGAGCCAUCCCCUAUCCGAGCAGGCAGCACAGGCAAGAACUCCCCCAAAUCCCCAGCCAAUCUCGCCCCAACCCCCAAGACCACCGCCCAAAGAAUCCUAGAGGCAGUGCCGCCCAUGGUCAGCGCCGGCGGCAGGUUCGAGAAGAGCCCCACCGCAGCGCCGUCCGUGGUCAGCGCCGGCGGCAGGUCCGGGGAGGUCCACACCGGCCAGUACAACAUCUACCAGCCGCCAUCCUCUCUACGCGGCUGGCCCGACGACCACGACACGGAGGCCGCCCUCCGCCACCUCGGCCUCCUCGAUUUCGCGCGGCUCCAGCUCCCGGACGGUAUCCCCCGACACGACCUCGUCUCCGACCUGGUCGCCUCCUACCACCGGGAGAGCUGCCGCGGCUACGCCUACCUCUGGGGGGUCCGCGUCAGUGUCGACCGCAAGUCCUUCCUCAGCGCGGCAGCCCUCCAAGCCACGGCGGAGCACAAGGUGAUCCCUCCACGGCGCAGGACGAGGAGCACAAGGAGCUCGUCCACGGUUACCUGCGCCGCCUUGCAGUUCAUGGAAAUCUGGAUCCUCCCGCAGUUCCAGGGCAGGGACAUGUUGCCGUCAAAUGUGUCGGCUGCGAUGCGGGAGGUGAAGGCGGAGUUGGCGCAUAACGUCGACUGGGGUGAGCUGAUCUGGGACCUAGUACAGAAUGAUAUUCUCGAAUUGCCAAAGAGGGAUGAUAAAAAUUCAUACUUUGGGUUGCAUCUCCUGAGACUCAUUUGGGUAAAGCAUCCAGAGGUGUUCGGGUUGAAGGACAGGAUGGAAAGACUCGCUCGGGUGCAUCUUGACAGAAUCUUACCGCAGGUAGUCGACAAAGUGACGGAAAGAAUCCGGUUGGAGUUUACGAGACCCAAGAAGAUUACGAGAUUCUUCCGGGUGCAGCAGCCGCAGGUGGUCAACAACUUGUCCAUACCGGUGGAGUCUGAGGAUGAAGCUGCAGCAGUUGUUCAAGUUCAACAGCAAUCUAUGGUGGGGGAUGAAGCUGCAGCAGCUGUUCAAGUUCAACAGCAAUCCAUGAUGGGGGGUGAAGCUGUGGCAGUUCUUCAAAUUCAGCAGCAAUCCAUGGUGGUAGAGAGCUCACCGCUGACCAUAGUGCUGAAUAAUGAUGCAAGCGUGGGCAAGAGGAACAGCUUGGAGGCUGCCCUGGCAGAGCCUGGGCACGCUGAUACGCACAAGCAUGGAGUGAAGCAUGUGAAGCAGCAGUUUCAGCAGGGCAAUCAACAGAAGCAGACAUGUAACAGGAACAAGUGUAGUGUACCCAGUGGAUCCAUAGUGCUGAAUGAUGAUGCAAGCGUGGGCAAGAGGGAUAGCAUGGAAGCUGCCCUGGUGGAGCGUGGGCAAGCUGAGGCACACAAGCAUGGAGUGAGGCAUGUGAAGCAGCAGUUUCAGCAGGUCAAUCGACAGAAGUGGACACGUAAGAGGAGCAAGCGUAGGGUACCCAGUGGAUCAACAAUCUCUUCCACAAAUAGUUCUCGUGACAUUAUAGGAAUAAAGAGUGAGAUUAAACGUGCGCGACUGGAGAACCAACCUCCAAAGGAGUUGCUUGAAGCAGAGAUGUUUAUCCAGGCAAUAAAGGUGCUGAACGAGACACUGUCUGCAGAAACCGUCGUACAUAUCUUGCAGGACUCUCCACCGUCUGGCUCCCCGCUGAUGCGGGGUGGUGCAGUAGUGGAGGUCACUAAAUAGGAGAAUGGUUCUCAUGCUCGAAUGUGAUCCUGGUGUGAUCAGUAACAGGAUGUAGAUUUGCUCUCGUCUGGUGAGCAUUUGGCUUUUGGAGCUCGGCAUUUGUGGUCUGUAGCGAGAAGGAUUAUCUGGCUGUGCUAGCUCUUGGUUGGCUAGUCUCGGAGAACUGGGAUCAUUGGUUCAUCUUCUGGAUGUGUUGCCCUAAAACCUGGAGCCAGAGUACUUCAUAUGAAAAAAAUUGAUAUAUGUGUUGGAUGGUUGUACUUUUUUGGGAGUACUCAGCAUGUGGAUGCUCAGGAUUUCCAGGUCCAUCUCCAUCUCCCCUCCUGGUCCGCGUGCUUCAUCGUCGUUCUCGUCGUUGCUUCUGCCGCCGACUAUGACUGUAGUAUGCCGUUGGGGGCGGUGACUUCGCACUGCAGGGAUGAACUCGCAUGGGUUAUAUCUACCGGAGAAGAGCCUUAUUGGUUUUGAAUGCUGCCAGCAACUUAAAUGUGUCAACAAAGCAACAUGUUCUUCCCUGCUUCACAUUGCUCUAUUUUCAUAUACAUGAAGAUGCAAUUUGUCACUCAGAUUGUGACCCUGGUGGGACCUUGUAAUAGGAUAUCUACUGGAGUAGUAGAUUUGUUCUUGUCUGGUUAGAGUUUAGCUUUUGGAGCUCGGCCUUUGUUGGUCUGCAGUUCUUUGUCUCGGGUGUCAGAAAAUUUGGAUGCUUGGUUCGUCUUUUGGAUGCUUUGCCAUAAAAUCUGGAGCCAGAGUACAUCAUAUGAACAAAAAAAAGAUUUAUAUGUUGGA